GGCGAGGCGUAAGAUGCUGAAGCUGGCCGCGGGCCUGCUGCUGGCGGCCGCCGCGGCGCUGCUGCUGAACUGGUACUCGCCGGCAGCUUCUUCGGCGCCGGCGGGUCUGCGCCGCCGGCGGGCCCCCAGGCCUGCCCCCGGGGCGGAAGCCGCCAACCUGCUGUGGGCGGUGCAGGUGUCAGAUAUCCAUAUAAGCAGAUUUCAGGAUCCCACACGAGCUUCUGACUUGGAAAAAUUCUGCUCUGAAACAAUCAAUGUAAUUCAACCAGCAUUUGUUCUCGCAACAGGUGAUUUGACAGAUGCAAAGACAAGAGAUAAAUUGGGAUCUGAGCAGGUAGAAGAAGAGUGGAAAACUUACCAAUCGGUCCUGAAGCGAUCAAGAGUCAGGGAAAAAACUAAGUGGAUAGACAUCAAAGGAAACCAUGAUUCAUUCAACAUCCCACACCUGGAUAGCAUUCAGAAUUACUACAGGAAGUACUCUGCCUGGCAGAAAGAUGGCUCUUUCCAUUAUGUCCACACCACCUCAUUUGGGAGCUAUUCAUUCAUCUGCGUGGAUGCCACACUGAGCCCAGGCCCAAAGAGACCCUAUAAUUUCUUUGGGAUUUUAAAUAAGAAUCAAAUGCAAGAGCUCUCUGUGAUGGCCACAGAAAGCCUCCGCAGCAAUCAUACUGUCUGGUUCGGCCAUUAUCCCACCUCAACAAUCAUAUCCCCUGCCCCAGGGAUACGAGCAUUAAUGAGUUCUGCCACAGCUUAUUUAUGUGGACAUCUCCAUACAAUGGGUGGACUGAUGCCAGCCUUGUAUAGCCAACACCGUGGUGGCACUCUGGAACUGGAAUUAGGAGACUGGAAGGAUAACAGGAAGUACCGGAUCCUUGCAUUUGAUCAUGACCUCUUUAGUUUUGUGGAUCUCACUUUUGAAGAAUGGCCAGCAGUUCUCAUCACCAAUCCCAAAUCCUCCCUUUACAGCAGUUCUUUUCAUGAACCACUAGUGAAAAUUCUUUACUCCACUCAUAUCAGAAUUCUGGCCUUCUCCCCUGCUGCCAUUACUUCUGUCAAAGUCUAUAUAGAUGGAGUUUACCUAGGGAAUGCUCAUCAGACAUCUGGCCCUCUUUAUGUGCUGAAGUGGAGCCCACAGAACUAUAGUGAAGGGAUCCAUCAAAUAGAUGUGACUGUCCAGGAUGCUUCUGGAAGAAUUAUCACACAGGGUCAUAUAUUCUCUAUGGAAGAAAACCAUCCUCUUAGAUUUGGCUUUUGGCCAUCUGUUAUUCUUCUUACUGACCACUAUGUUCUAGCUCGUACGCUCUUUGGACUGAUUGUGCUGACUCAGAUUGCCUUGCUGGUUGUUUUCAGAUACCUCCAAAAACCAGCACUCAAAGAAAAGCCAGGACUCCUGGGUCUGACCUCAUUUUCCCUUCACGUCUUCAGUAAAAUAAAUGCCUUCUAUUAUUCAGUUCUGGUUCUGAAUUUAUACACUGUUCUGGGACCAUGGUUUGUAGGCGAACUGAUAGAUGGCCAAGUGGGAGCCUGUUUUUCCUUUGGGGUGUUUGUUGGUGGUUCCUUCUUACGGGGUGGUCUCACAUACGUGGUUGGAAUUUUACAGAUGUUGUUUUUCAAUGUGCCCUUAAUGGCCUAUCUGUGCUGGUGCCUCUUCCUGCGGUGCAAAGGUCACAGUUUCUAUUCUCAUAUCCAUCAUGUCCAACGCCUCUUGGUUGUGCUUAUUCAUCUGGCAAUGGCACUCCUGCUGGCCUGGCAGGUCUAUUCUUGCUAUUUCUUGCAGCGAACCUAUGGGACCUUGGCUUUUGUCCUCUCUCCCAUGAGAACAUGGUUGGUGGCCCUGACCUCAUUUCUGAUUUAUAAAACCUGGACGUUUCAAUCAUCUGAGCUCAGAACUUACACAAUAGAAAUGAAAAACUGUCAGAGCUUCUGAAAUGCAACACAAUAGUUGAACUUCUUCAACUGAAGAUGCAACCUACUGUUUUGUAUUGCUGGAAUUCUGUACAGACCAGCCAUGAAGUGGUAAGAUCUGAUGCUGCACCUCCAUUGCUGCAUAGCUGUAGUAAAUGUAUAACGGUAUGUAUUAUAUAUGUGUGUUGUAUUAUACGUAUGCAGCAUACUGUAUAAUGUUAUACAAUUAUACAUUAAUACACUGUGCAGUAAAUUGUGUAAUCUGUAGUAUGUUUUUUAUGAUACAAAGCAGAAUGUCUCUAUGGAUCACCACUGGAAAUGUUUACUUGUUGUAAUUGAAUGGAAAAUAUUUUUAAUUCUUAAAUUCUUGAUUUUUGUAAUGCUGGGAAAAAUAUGAAUAGAUCUGGAUAACAAGCUCCAGGAUUUGUGUGUAACUGCUGCUUAUUUCAAGAUCUGCGUGUAUUUCUAGAGGAUUAGACCAGAUGUCCUUAUAAACUAAUACUUAUUACAAAGGUUCUGUAUGGCCUUCAAUGUAAGAGUCCAAUGCUUACAUACACUUUUCAGUUCAUAAAGGCCUAUAGGAGUCCUUUAUAGGCUGCUGGGUGUUUAAAUAUGUAUUUGUGCAUAUGUUCACCUGAGCCAUGGUCCUAAUCUUAUCCUGGGAGCACUAGUUAAUGAAUGUGCUCUUUCUCUAGAAGGAAAUAGUUGUUUUCCACUGUUAUGGUUGCUGAUUUUCCCAUAGUUGACUACUGAAAGGGCAGGGAAUGAUUGCCAUUGGAAUUCACAGUUGUAGUCAGCAGUUCAUCUUUAAAGCAAGGAAUGGUGACAAUUGUCUUGGGUUGGAAGAUCCAAAAGGAAUCCUGUGGUUUAGUAGCUGUAUCCUUACUAAGGGAGAGGAGUCAGGACUCUGUUUCUGGGUCUCAGUGCCACCGAGUGGCCUGGGAAACUCAUUUUUGUUUUUCCUUGUCUAAAAAUGAUGGAGCAGUUGUAUUUAUGAAGAACUUAAGAAACUAGAGCCAAAAGAGCUGUCUUUACUAAUUAUGAAUCUAUUCUGCUUUUCUUCUUAACCCCACUGGGAGUUUUCUUCUCCAAAAGGCAAAACAUGAAGUCCUUAAUUCUAAUAAUGGUUCUUUGUUAUACCUUAAAGUGAUUGCUAAGCUUCCUGCCUCAGCUUCCUUAUCUAUAAAAUAAGGACACUGGCCUGCUUCAUAAGACUGUUGUGAGUGGAAUGUUUAAGUAGUUUAUGUAAUUUUAGUAAUUUAUUUAUGGUUUGUCAAGAAAAAGGAGGUAUAACUUAUGUCACCUUAGAAAAGACAGCAACUGUAUUACAGAAAUAAGAGAGUACAAUAAACUAGAAGAAAAUUCUACUUAAAACUAAGACUUGUUAUCUCUAAAAUGAGAGCCUUUCUACUCCUUAAUUCCCAUUCCACUGUGACUGACUAUAGCAGAAAAAAGAUAUUAACAGCCCUCAUUUGUGUAAAUUAAAUACCUUGUUAAGAGAAUACUUAGCAGCUAAUGACACUGUGAUAAGCAAUGUAAGUGUUUUGCAAAGCUGUUAAAAAAAAAAAAAGAAAUCAAAGGCAGGGUUUAACAUUUACUAGUGAGAAACAAUAGUGGAAAUGUAAUGACAAAUGUGGCAUUUUACAAUGUUGCUAGGAAUGCAAGUACUUCUGAUCAGAGAGCGUAUGAACGGCAAUAAAAUGCUUCUUACAGCCUGUGGGAAGAACUUUUCUCUGAGAGGAGAUGGACCUUUCUUGUCUGUCAUCUGCCAUCCUAUUCUCUUAGAUAAUAAUCAACUAUACCUCUUGGUUCUUUUGGAUGUUUCUUAGAUAGAUGGAAUUAUUUUAAGAACUUGUUCAAACAAGUCUUAGUGUGGCAAGGAAAGGUGUUUUAUUUUCAGAUGUGCCGUCCCUGGCUCUGAGGACCUCCCUAAAAAUGGCAUGCUGUUGACAUGUGGUUGAUGUGUGAAUUACAUAUGUAUGUGGGACUGAUGUAAUACAUCCUAAGUGUGAGAUGAGCAGGGCUACCCUUCUGUCCUGAUCUCAGUGAAAAGUGUGGUGUGGAAACUGAGAAUUCUACCCCAUGCCAGAAAGACCCGUUCUAAGGUACACCUGUUACAGCUCUUUGUUGCUUCAUAGAAAAGCAAAGCUGACCUUGUCUCAUGGUAAUUCGGAUUUCUUUCUUUCCUUAGUCUCCUUUCCAAUAUUCUGGAACUUCAGCAGUAAAAUGUUAACUUUGCUAGUUGAGCUAUGCAACUUAACAUGGGGAAACUCUAUUUACCAAUAUUUGCUUGAAGAUCUUUUUAAAUUGUUCAUCUCAGCAGAAUGGAAGUUCUCAAAAGCACAUAGGGAGAUAAGUUCUAAUUUAGCUGUCCUUAUAUGUAUAAGUACAUGGUUGCCCAAUUUAACUGCAGAUAACAAAAAUCACAAUGUAUGUGAUUUUCCCUUAAAAUGAAACGUGUAGAUAUAGGUUCUAUGAAAUAUAGCCUGGCUCUGGGAAAAUAGCACCAGUCACUUAAGGAAACUAACAACUGAAUGAAACUCAGACAAAUAUGGAGAUGCUAUUACAAUAAAUGUGGAAGCCACCCUAUAAAAAUAUGCCUUUUCUCCUCUGUUGCUCUGUGAUGCCCAAAAGAUGCAAAUCAACGUGGUGGACUAAAGUAAAACAUUCUAGUGAUAGCAGGAUCUGUGUUGACCUAAUUAAUUGCCUGUUUGGGUCCUCUUUCAAAAUUCAGCUCUUCUGCUCACUAACAGGAUGAAUUCCUCUUAUAUCAAUUAGCAUUAUUUUAAAAAAGAUGUCAUAGUGUUGCAUGGUUUUUCCAGUUCAGGGAUGAGUUAAGCCUGGAAAGAUUUUGUUUCUUUCUUAAAGUUUAUAAAUAAAGCAACUUUGGCACUUA